AUGCAGCAAAAGUGCAGUAGUAUACCGGCGGUGUUCGCCGGAGCGGAUGUGUUUAUUACGGGGGGUUCAGGAUUUAUGGGUAAAGUGCUCAUCGAGAAGUUGUUGCGCUCGUGCCCGGACAUUGGACGGGUGUUUGUGCUGAUGCGCGCCAAACGUGGCAAGUCGCUUCAGGAUCGUCUCAAAAUAAUCACGGAUGGUGUGUUGUUUGACACGUUGAAAGGCGAACGUCCCGAAACAUUGCAAAAGAUACAACCGAUCGAAGGUGACUGCACGCAGCUGAAGCUUGGCAUGUCCAGCGAGAGCAUGGAGCGCCUGAAGGAUGUACGUUUCGUGUUUCAUGCCGCUGCUAGCGUCCGAUUUGAUGAUCCUCUGAAGGACGCCAUCUUGAUCAACACCCGCAGCACGCGGGAGGUGUUCGAUUGGGCCAAAACGCUGCACCAGCUUAAGGCCGUCGUGCACGUCUCCACUACGUACUGCAAUCCGGAGUUGCUGAGGGUGGAAGAGAAAAUUUACCCUCCGAAGAUGGACUGGAGAGAAGCGAUUCGCUUGGCGGAAGCGUUCGACACCGCUGAACUGGAAAUGCUGAAGGAUAAACUGACGCAGUUUGCACCAAACACCUACACCUACACGAAAGGGUUGGCCGAGCAGAUCUGUAACGAGUAUCGCUACGAGCUGCCACUCGUCGUCUUCCGACCAUCGAUCGUGACUAACUCUGAAAGCGAACCCCUGAGCGGAUGGGUGGACAACUUCAACGGACCGAUCGGAUUGCUGCUCGGUUGUGCCUCCGGUGUCGUUCGAACGGGACUGCUCGAUCUGGAGAAACGAAUAAACUGCAUCCCAGUUGACGUUAGCAUCAAGGCGAUAAUUGUGGCCGCCUGGAAGAGGGCCACCACCGAUGAACCGGGAGCCCUGCCGGUGUACAACAGUGCCGCCGAGUCGGAGAAAACGAUCACCUACGGUACGAUGCUGUACGACGGCAAGGUGCUGUUUGAUCGUAUUCCGCUCAGUAACAUGAUGUGGGCUCCCGGUGGCACCGCAACGUCCAACAAGUACAUUUUCUACCUCAUGUUUUUCUGUUGCCAGCUACUGCCAGCCCUGUUAGUGGACGCAUUAUUUCGCCUCAGAGGGCAACCCCCGUUCUUGCUGAGGCUGAAUCGUAAAAUAUUUGAUGCGCAAGUUUCCCUUCGAUACUUCAUGAACAACGAAUGGGUGUUUAAAAAUGAUAACUUCAAAGAACUGGAGUGCACGCUAUCGGAAACCGAUAGGAAUACCUUCUCCACGAGCUACUUUGUGCGUGGAAUGAUGGAGUACUAUCAGAGCGCCAUCCUUGGCGGCAGGCGAUACUUGCUGAAGGAACCUGAUGAAAAUAUUGCAAUGGCGCUAAAAAAAUACACGCGCUUGCGAGUGCUGAAUUACUCGGUGAAGCUAGUGGCAGUGUGCUUGCUGACGUACUGGGUCUACAGUAGGUUCGUAAUGUAG